UUCUUUUCUUUUUCUUCAUCAACAUUGCUCUUUUCAUAUAAAGACCAUGUCUCAAAUUAAAAAAAAAAUGGCCCAACUUUGAUAAGUAAAAUCAAGCCCAAACUAACAAAUCUCUCUUUCUCUCUCAUAUACAAUCGGUCUCCUCUCUCUCCUCGUAUCUCUCACUCUCUCAAUCUCACAGUCACAGAUACGCAAACACAUCCCCCCACCGCUUCCUCCUCAGGCGAAGGGCGCCGCCCUCGACCUCCGCCGCCAAAGUCCGUCUCGAUGCUAAGAUACGCCGGCAGAAAAUCGGACUCAGCCGUUGGAGGCUUCCGGCGGCUGGUGCACUCACUGGCCCAACCUGCGCCGUUGGCGACCGCUAUCAACCACCAUUUCAGUACCACAUUGCCGCCGUUUGUUUUGCCGGAAAAUCAUGACGACAAUAAUAGGGGCUCUCAUCUUCUCGAUUCUCCUUUCUUUGGCGGGGCUAUGGAAUUGAUGGCAGUCCCCAAGAGGAAGGUUUCUCCACACAGGAGGGGUAUUAGAAAUGGACCAAAGGCUUUGAAACCUGUCCCAGUAAUAAUCAAGUGCAAGGUAUGCGGCCGUGUCAAGCUACCUCACUUCUUUUGUUGCGGUGGGAUCAAGCCAAAUCCUGAAGAAAAUAACAAUUAGAACUGCCUUAAGUAUUCUUAAUAUGCAAGAGGAAAUCUGAUCUACCGUGCAGGUUAUCGCUUAGAUUUGGCUGUCAUCAUUUUUAUCAAUUGGGAGAGAUUAUGUCUUCUGGCCUGUGAUUUCUACUGCUGUUAGUAGACAACUCUGCAGUUGUUGAUUAGGAUGAGGUUCUCUGCUCAGUGCUGAAUAAUAAUGCUUAUGUUAAAUUUUGGGCUCUCUGUUCUGAUUUAUAAAGCGAUAUUUUCUUGCUGCUGAUAAA